AUGAUGGCAGCCAAGCAAGCCGAGCUCAUGGGCAUCUGCUCCAGCUACCAAGCGGUCAUGCCUCAUUUCGUGUGCAUCGCCGAGGAAUACCCCCAGCCCAUCCGCCCCGCCAAGAUCCCCAAGGGCAAGCUGAGGAGACCGAGACAGUCCCGCUUCAAGACCCAGCCGGUGACUUUCGAUGAGAUCCAGGAGGUGGAGGAGGAAGGGGUCUCCCCCAUGGAGGAGGAGAAAGCCAAGAAAUCCUUCCUGCAGUCCCUGGAGUGCCUGAGGAGGAGCACCCAGAACCUGAGCCUGCAGAGAGAGAAGCUCAGCAGCUGCAAGCUGCGGAACAGUUUGGACUCUAGUGACUCUGACUCUGCCCUGUGA